AUAUUAUUGUUACCAGCACUGCACAUUUUAACUAAUGACUUCAGUAAUUUGUCAGAUUGUCCUCCAGGCCCACUUUCAUAAUUAUUCUGACUAAAUUUGGCGUAUUGCAUCUUAUUUACAUGACAAUGUAUGCACUCACUCCCUAGAAAACUAUUUUAAUAAUAAUUAAAAUAAUUAAUCUAUACUUAUAAUACAUAACAUUAUUAAAUAUUUUCUCCUACAUGUAACGGCCAUGUAACUCUGUUCGUGCAGAGAUGAUAAUAUCUAUUGAAGGGUCAUGCCCACACAGCAAAACACUUCAAGGGAUUCAAACCAUUUAAACUGAUUUGAAUCUAAGUAUUCAGAAAAUGUAGCCUGGACUAAAGUUAUUUUGAGAAAAUGUAGGCUGUUCCUUAGCCGCCGGCAGGCUUUUACAGCCCCCUGAGGCCUGCUGAGAGAUUUGAGCAGAUUAGCACUCUACCAUUCACAUACGUUGCCUGCACGAAAGGGAUUGAAUUAAUGAAGGAUUUCCAUGGUUGUUGUCAAUCACAUGAUCCAGUCCUGAAAUAAUCAUCCACAUUAGUGCAGGCAUGCUCAAUGUAGAGCGUAACUACCAAUAUUUAACCAUUUAAAUGUUGCUCUUCAAUUUUGUUUUCUCAACAUUUGAUUAAAAAUUUCCAUAAAUAAUGUAAAUUUAUGAGUUUCAGUUAUCUAAUGUUGUAGUUUUGUAUCUGUUCAAUCUAUUUUAUUCAAUAUAAAUAUAUCUCUCUUUUUUAAUAUUAGGACAUGUCUGAAGACGUGAGUGUUGUCGUGGUGGGCUCUUGUAUGACUGACUUAGUUAGUCAGGCACCUCUGCUUCCCAAGGCUGGAGAGACGAUACAUGGGCACAGGUUCUUUAUCGGUUUUGAUGGCAAAGGGGCCAAUCAAUGCAUCCAAGCUGCACGAAUGGGGGCCAAGACUGCCAUGGUGUAUAAGGUCGGCAGAGACGUUUUUGGGAAUGACUAUAUUCAAAACUUCAAAAAUAAUGGCAUAUUGACUGCCUAUGUAGAACAGACUGAACAUGCUGCAACUGGAGCUGCCUCUAUCAUCGUAAAUGACACAGGUAAAAUGAAAUUGGUCCAAGCAUCCAGGUCGGGUGCAGCAGAUGGAUCCAGACUGAUGGACAGGUCUCUAGCAGCUGAGCAGACGAGUAUAUCAGUGAAGACCAUUUUUAAUCCAGCUCCAGCUAUUGCAGACCUGUGUUCUGAUUUCUACAAAGCAUCUGAUGUUUUCUGCUGCAGUGAGUCUGAGGGAGCUGGCGUUCUGGCUUUCUACAUGGCCCAUUAUCCCACAAUGCCACUGGAAGAGAUGGCCAGGAGAGCCAAUUUCGUCGCAGUCGUGUCUGUACAAACUGUCGGCACUCAAACGUCUUUUCCAUUUCAGAAGGAUCUGCCAACAAGGUGACCCUUGACGUAAAAACAACACCAUUAAUCUGUGCACAGUGUCCACAGAAUUAUUGUUUGUAUAAU